AUGGGCCAAGCACUUUCUUCUUCAACGAAUAAUCCAGAUCAAGAUGGGGAUGUUAUAAUGGUAGACGAUUCGGAGAAUAAUACUGGUGAUGCUAGCGAUUUAGAUUUUGGUAAUAAUCAUACUGGAGCAACACACGCUCCAAGGAGACGUACUCAAGCCAGUCGGACUAACUCUCAGGAUCGAACACAAUUUACAACCUCUUCUACGUUUGAGCAUGCACCUCAAAAUGGUUCUCCGAGAGUUUUACGAAUGACACCGGCACGACGCAGAAGACAGCUCUCUAGUUUGUAUCCAUUUUUUCCUUCUGCAACAACUACAAAUCAAACUCAAAUUCCUCUUAGCAGACCCUUAACUCGACUUCAAAGGUUACAUCACAAUACUAUUGAAGAUGUUUCACUUGCUCCUAGGCAAACCGAUGCAAUAGCACCAAACUUGUUGAGACGAAGUCGAACUAGAUCUUCGACUAACAAUGGGCAAGAAACUUCUACAAGCGUUGGGAUAGCUCUUAAUGAUUCAGAGCCAGCCCAUACUUUGCCAACUUCAGAAACAAUGUUUGAUAUUAGACGUCCUCGUUCAAGUUCGGUUGAUGCGAUAAUUAUUGGUGAUUUGGAUAGUGAUUCAACACGGCCAAAUAUUCGUCUCUCUGAUCGCCUACGUCGAUCUAACACUCAUAGAGGAUCUUCAACACGUCCUUAUUCUUCGUCUAUUUCUUUGUCCAGUACAUCAUCCUCUAACUCAAGUUCCUCAACAGCUGGUACUCAAACAGAUCCUUUGGCUGCUGCUCCCACACAACAACGUUCAAGAAGAAGGGUUACUCGCAUUUCAGCACGACGGCGAUUUUUGUCCAUUGCAGCAGCUGCUACGGCAGCAUCCCUUGUUGCUAGUCAAGAAAAUGCCGUAAUUGAAGCUGAAAGAGCCGCUAACGAAGGACAUGAUGGAAGUUUUGAGAGUUUCUUAGCUGCUCUUCAAAGAAGACGUCGUGAGGCUACAAAUAGGCCUACUAACCAAUCAGCUUCAUCAUCAUCUGAGGAACAAAGUCCCUCCACUGAUAACAAUACACCUGGUUCACAACCAUCGCAACCUAUGUCAUUCUUCCGCUUGUUUCGCUUUGGUGGAUCUCGUUCUUCCUUGACACAGCAAAAUAUCCCACCUGAAAAUAGUACAGAUACAUCUUCUUCAAUACCUAAUGCGACAAAUGAAACUAAUUCAAGCAAUACAAAUAAUGUCCCUCAUAUGGUUCCCGUUAUCAUUAUUGGAAUCAGAAGUGUUCAACCAAGAGAUGAUCCGAACGUUAAUUCAUCAUCACAAAACGUAGAUACUAGUCCCACUAAUUCUGAACAUAGAAAUAAUUCAAAUCGAUCAUCAAGAACUCGGUCUUCUUCAACUUCAAGUCGUGCUUCCGCUAGAUCUACUGCUUCAACUUCUACCCAAACCCCCCCUGCACGUUCGUGGAUCAUUUAUGUUUUAGGAGGCACAUAUCCUUCUACUCAUCCUAUUCUUACUACACCAUCAUUAUUUUCUGAUAAUCCAACUUAUGAGGAUAUGAUGUUGUUAUCGUCUCUUAUCGGACCAGCUCGACCUGCAACUACAACGCAAAGUGAGAUCGAUGCAAACUUACCAGUUGCAAAAUAUGAUGAAAGAAUUCGUGGUGUUAGAGGACAUGAUCUUUUAGGUAAUGCAGAGAAAUGUCAAGUAUGCUUGUGUGAUUAUAUUACAAAUGAGGAUGUUAGAGUGCUAAUUUGUCGUCAUGGUUUCCAUCGAGAAUGUAUUGACAAGUGGCUCACUGAGGGAUCUAACAAGUGUCCUAUCUGUCGUGGCGUUGGAGUACUGCCCCGUGAAUCAGAAACAAAUAAUAAUGGUGCUAUCCCUACUACUUCAGCAGGAUUGGAUUCUAUGGGACCUUUCUUUUAA